UCUCAUUGGCCGAACCUUCGGUGGGCGGGUUCCUGGGGAAGCUGAGGAAGGAGGCGGCGGCGACGGUUGCUGUGGCGGAGCGAGGCCGGUGACAGGAUGUUGGUGUUAGUAUUAGGAGAUCUGCACAUCCCCCACCGAUGCAACAGUCUGCCAGCUAAAUUCAAAAAACUGCUGGUACCUGGAAAAAUUCAGCACAUUCUCUGCACUGGAAACCUUUGCACCAAAGAAAGUUAUGACUAUCUAAAGACUCUAGCUGGAGAUGUUCACAUUGUUAGAGGAGACUUUGAUGAGAAUCUGAAUUAUCCAGAGCAGAAGGUGGUGACCGUUGGGCAGUUCAAAAUUGGUUUGAUCCAUGGACAUCAAGUAAUUCCGUGGGGCGAUAUGGCCAGCUUAGCAUUGCUACAAAGGCAGUUUGAUGUGGACAUUCUCAUUUCAGGACACACACACAAAUUUGAGGCCUUUGAACAUGAAAAUAAAUUCUACAUUAAUCCAGGAUCUGCCACCGGAGCAUAUAAUGCUCUAGAAACAAACAUCAUUCCUUCAUUUGUAUUGAUGGAUAUCCAGGCUUCUACAGUUGUCACUUACGUGUAUCAGCUAAUUGGAGAUGAUGUGAAAGUAGAACGAAUUGAAUAUAAAAAGUCCUAAAACAGGCCUCUAGGUGAUCUUUUUUGUUCCAUUACUUUGUUCGAAUCAAGUAAUUAAGCAUUCAGAAGGCACAGAAUUGUGACAUUUUUAAAGUAUUAUGCAUUAAAAACUACAUCUUAUUUGGUGAUACAUAAUUUGCUACAAGCUUCUUGUAAACUAUAAGAAUGUAUUUAGUUUAUAGGACAUGAUUUCUAAGGAAUAACUUGUACCACAUGAUAAAUGGAUGUAUGUAAAAAACGAAGUUUAGCUCUGUAAAUAUCUUCAUUGUUAACAUUCAAGCCUUUGUUACCAACAUAGUGCAUGAAUAGAAGAGUUCCAGACUGCCUCAUUGUACACACUAUCCUCCUCUUUAUACAGUAAUAAACACUUACCUUUCACUUA